AUCACUUACCUUCUUCACACAGAGAGCUUCAUCGAAUCGAAUUCAUCCAUGUAAUGUGAGAUGUCUCUUGAACAAUGCAACAAGAAGCUCUCUCUUUCCUCUCUUCCUCUUUCCCUUCCCUUCACCACAAUUUUCCCACACUUUCUCGCCUCCGCUUCCACAAUUUUCCCGCACUUUCCUUCAAACCAAACACUUCAUCUUCAUCACUCUUCAAAUCCCCAGAUUUCCCCUCUAUCUCCUCCACCACAACAACCACCGAAACCCUAGAAUCCUCAAUCCACGAAAAACUCAUUUACCUCGAUUCACUCGGAAUCGAUUUCUUAACCCUAAUCAACCGUCAUCCUCCUCUCCUCUCCACCGCUCUCUCCGCCGUUGAAUCCGUCGUCGAUUACAUGACCACUCCACCAAUCAACUUCACCUUACAAGAUUUUCGCCGCCUCGUCUCCAUGUGUCCAGAGCUUCUCACUUCACCGUUAACCUCACACACAAUCCCAGUCAUCACUUUCCUCCUCCGUGAAGUCGGCGUUGACUCUAUCUUUGACCUCCGUCAAGCUUUGCGUCGUCGUCCUCGUCUUCUCGUUUGUAGCGUCGAUCACCAGCUUCGACCAACGCUUUACUUUCUUCAGAGAAUCGGAAUCUUAGAUCCACAUAAACAUACGUAUCUUCUCUCUUGUAGCGUUGAACAUAAACUCGUACCACGGAUUGAUUUCUUUGAGAAGUUAGGAUUCUCGCGGCGGAGCGCCACCGCGAUGUUUAAGAGAUUCCCGCAGCUGUUUAAUUAUAGUAUUGCUGAGAAUUACGAACCGAAGUUGAAUUAUUUGAUGGUGGAGAUGGGGAGAGAUGUUAGAGAGGUUCUUGAGUUUCCUCAGUAUUUCUCGUUUAGUUUGGAGAAUCGGAUUAAACCGAGACAUGAAGCUUGUGCGGCGAAAGGUGUGAGGUUUCCAUUGCCGGUGAUGUUGAAGACGAAUGAAGCUGGUUUUAGAGAUACAUUGGAGGUACAUUUUUGUAAUGAAUGAUGAUGAAGAACUCAGAGAAUGAAGAAACCGGUCUCUGCCUACAUUUUGAGACACACAAAGAGAUGGUGACUUGGUGAGAUUAUAUCUUGAUAAGAGAGAGAAUGUUCAUUUACAACGAUUCCGAUGUUUUUUCGGUCUUCUUAGUGUUGUGACCGAGCAAUCAAGUGUAUGUAAGUCC